CCUCCAAUGCCGCCCAUGACACGUUGUGGUACCCUUACACUGUUGCAACAAUGGCAGCUCACGCGGCGGCAGUCGCGCCGCCAAUUCCGGCGCAACCGCACAAUGACAUCUUGUUCUACGGGACCCUUGAUAAGCGACGCGACGGGGCCGUGCGAGGAGGAUGGGCAACGCGGCUGUUCCUGCUGACGCCCAAGUGGCUCGUGUACUUCCGCCAUACGACCAAGCAGGACCUUUUGGGGGAAGAGCGCGAGCGAGUACCGUUGUUCACGAUUACCAAGAUUCGAGUCGCCCCUGAAGGGGAGAUUGCGCCGGCUGCCAUCGAUGUCCCGAACGAGUAUUCUUACAUCGAAAUCACGCUGGAUACGCCUGGCAAGACCCUCCUCAUGCGCACGUCAAAAUCCGAAGCGAUGUCGAGUCAACACUGGGUGACAGUCAUCGAGAAGCAGCGGCAGCUUCUCUUGAACCCGAACGCCAUCAAAGCUUCCAAGCCAGCACCAGCAAAAGCAUCGUUGCAACUGCCUUCGUCGAGCCAUCCUGAAGAGAAACCCGAUCAGCGUCGAGUGGCAAUGGUGGUUUUGGUCGACGACUACACCGAACGCGACGAGUUUGUUGUGGCCAAGUCGGUCGAGUUUGGCAGUCAGAUCAACUUGGGGCUUGUCAAGCAAGGGGGCGCGUGCAUCAUCGUGUUGGACGACGGUGCGAUUGCCCGAAUCGGCACGCAAGCGCUGAUGGGCAGUUGGGAUGCCAACGAAACUUGCUGGGUCGAGUGUUUGGGCUCAUCGACGUGGACCGAAGUCGAAGUGUCAGUGGUAUGCCAGGUCGUCAAGCAAAAUCCCAUGCCCAUGACGUCACUGUCGUCGGUGCCAACGAACAGCAGCAAGAGCAAGGAAUGGAUCCGCAUGGCCGAAGAAGGCGCGAGUUUCGGUUAUCUCUUGAUGGCGAUGCUGGUGCACUUUAUGUUGGGGGUGCAAGGGUUCCAUUGGUCGCAUAAAGCUUGUUUGACGGCCGGCGCGGCGCUGGCCAUUUCCACAAUCAUGAACAGCACCAACGCCAAAUCCUCGAGAGUCGGGAGACCCAUCCGUCGGAUGAACUCUUCCCUGAUCCCGAAAGUGCACUUGGCCAUGACUGUCCAUCGAUGCCGCCGCCAUCAAGGUCCAGAAAAGUGAUGCGACGGCGAGGUUUGGAAUCGAUCGCCCAUGUCCAGAAUACUAUCAAGAGAAACGUCAACGCUCUUUCAUUGUUGCCAACGUCGUUGUUGCAUGCACACAAUAGCCAUCCGUC